GGAAUGGCUUUGUCUGUGGACUCGGCUUGGUGCCGUUGGCAGCGACUGGGAGCUCCACAGCCCUCCCAGGAAUCCACACCACUGCUGUUUUCUGUCAGAGACAAACCAGAACUCAACCCAAACAAAUGGAGGAUCGUGUUUCCUGGCAGUGGGAGACAGUGGGAAGACUGGAAACAAGCUUCUACCUUUCAUUCUGGAAACAGGAUACAGACCACAAAGUACACAUGGCUCACUUUUUUGCCCCAAAAUCUUUUUGAACAGUUUCACAGGCUGGGCAAUCUUUACUUCUUCUUUCUGAUGGUUCUGAGCUGGUUCCCACAAGUGGAAGUCUUCCACAGGGAGGUUACUCUGCUGCCUCUGGUUGUGGUGCUGCUUGCCAGCAUGAUUAAGGAUGCUGUUGAGGACUACAGAAAACACCAAUAUGACAAGGCAAUAAACUCCUCUAAGACCAGGGUAUACGACAAGACAGAACGUGCUUACGUUGAGAGGUGCUGGAAGGACGUGAGAGUGGGGGAUUUCGUGCAGCUGCAGUGCAACGAGACCAUCCCAGCAGACAUCCUGCUGCUCUACUCCUCCGACCAGAGCGGGAUCUGCCACCUGGAAACCGCCAACCUGGACGGGGAGACCAACCUGAAGCAGCGGCGGGUGGUGAUGGGCUUGCCCAGCCAGAAUACUUUGUUUGAACCCGAAUUUUUCCAAAGCACCAUCAUCUGUGAAAUGCCAAACAAUGAUCUCAAUAAGUUCAAAGGUUACAUGGAGCAGCCAAAUCAUGAACGGGUUGGUUUUAACAUAGAAAGCCUCUUGCUCCGUGGAUGUACAAUCAGAAAUACUGAGGCUGCAGUAGGAAUUGUUGUAUAUGCAGGCCACGAAACCAAGGCCAUGCUGAACAACAACGGCCCUCGUUACAAGCGCAGCCGGAUCGAGCGGCGGAUGAACGGGGAUAUUUUGGUGUGCGUGGGGCUCCUGUUCGUGAUGUGCCUCGUUGGAGCUGUAGGACACGGCAUUUGGACUGGAAACUUCUCGGAGCACCCACCCUAUGAUGUCCCAGAUGAAAAUGGCAAUUUUCUGUCUCCAGUUCUUGCUGGUUUCUACAUGUUCUUGACAAUGAUAAUCCUGCUGCAGACUUUGAUCCCCAUUUCUCUUUAUGUGUCGAUUGAGCUGGUCAAAUUGGUCCAAGUCUUCUUAAUUCACAACGACAUUGACCUGUAUGAUGAAGCAGCGGAUUUGCCCAUCCAGUGCCGUGCCCUAAAUAUUACUGAGGAUCUUGGACAAAUCCAGUAUAUCUUCUCAGACAAAACUGGGACACUAACAGAAAACAAAAUGGUAUUUCGACGCUGUACUGUUGAUGGAAUUGAGUUUUCCCAUCAGGAAAAUGCCAGGCGCCUGGAAACCCACAAAGAGCUGGAUUUGGACGAGGAGGACUUUGCAAAACCCGAGCACUUCACGCUCCCUGCCAUGACCGCCGAGAGGCCGGGCUGGUCCCGGCAGAGCCCGGCGAGGGCCCUGCGGCGCUGCCAGAGCGCCCGGGCUCGCUUCCAGGGCCACGCCAGGAGCAGGGCAGUGGGGCGGCGCGACAGCUGCCAGUCCCAGGUGGCCUUCAGCAGCACCAUCGAAAAGGAUGUGACUCCCGACAGCAGGCUGCUGAGGAGAGUGAGAGAAGCUGCACUCCAGGCUGAAAGUCUUUCUCCUUUUAUCCAUACGAGAACUUCCACAUCCUUUAUUGACUUUUUUCUUGCCCUUGCCAUCUGCAAUACAGUGCUGGUCUCCACAGCUACUGAGCCAAGACAAAGGGUCACAGUUCCGCCACCAAUAAGACCUUCAGGAAUCACCCUGGAGAAGAUUCAUCAGAUGUUUCAAAGGCUGAAGUUAGCAAGCCUCAGCCAGUCCCUCUCAUCGUCCCAGUCCAGCUCCGAGCUCGGGGCGAGUCUCAGUGCGAGGGGCACCGAGGAUUCCCUCGCCGCCCUGGCUGGCGGUGCCAGCGGGGCAGCCCCGGAGCCGCAGGACAGGGGCAGCACAGACGUGGGCAGCGCUUCCCUGGAUGAGGUCUUUAACUCUGUGAGCAGCGGUUCUUUGCCCCCAGCCCUCUGCUACGAGGCCGAGAGCCCCGACGAGGCGGCGCUGGUGCACGCGGCGAGGGCCUACAGUGUCAGCCUGGUGUCCCGCACCCCGGAGCAGGUCACCGUGCGCCUGCCCCAGGGCACGCUGCUCACCUUCCACAUCCUCCACACCCUGCCCUUCGACUCUGUCCGGAAAAGGAUGUCUGUGGUGGUGAGGCACCCCCUCACCAAGGAGAUCGUUGUCUACACCAAAGGCGCUGACUCUGUUAUCAUGGACUUGCUGGAAGACUCUGCCACGGCUGAGAAGAGAAUGAAAAGAAUAAAAGAAAAAACACAGAAACACCUGGACCACUAUGCCCGUGAUGGACUGCGAACUCUGUGCAUAGCUAAGAAGGUCUUAAAUGAAGAUGACUUUCAAAAAUGGGCCAAUUUUCGUCGGGAGGCAGAAGCUGCAAUUGACAACAGAGAGGAGCUGUUACUGGAGACAGCACAGCAUCUGGAGACCAAACUCACCUUGCUGGGAGCAACAGGGAUUGAAGAUCGGCUGCAGGAGGGAGUACCCGACACCAUCGUGGCUCUUCGAGAAGCUGGGAUACAAAUCUGGGUGUUGACAGGAGACAAACAGGAGACAGCAGUGAACAUUGCAUACUCCUGUAAACUCCUGAACCAGAGAGACACUGUCUUCACCAUCAACACUGAGAGUAAGGAAACUUGUGAGUCUCUCCUGGAUUUAACCCUGGAAGAGGUGAGGAAGAAUUGCGAGUCUGACGAACCGCGGAGGACGUUUCUCGGCAUUCUCCCAACACCCCUCUCGGCCCCUGAGGCCCCCAGUGCGGAGUUUGGGCUGGUGAUCGAUGGGAAGACGCUGACCCUCAUCCUGCAGGGGGGCCUGGAGGAGAAGCUGCUGGCGCUGGCGCGGCGGUGCCGCUCCGUGCUGUGCUGCCGCUCCACGCCCCUGCAGAAGGGCAUGGUGGUCCGGCUGCUGCGCAGGAGGCUCCGAGUGAUGACCCUGGCAAUAGGUGAUGGUGCAAAUGAUGUGAGUAUGAUUCAAGCAGCUGAUGUUGGAAUUGGAAUAUCUGGUCAGGAAGGCAUGCAGGCAGUGAUGGCCAGUGACUUUGCAAUAUCCCGAUUUAAACAUCUCAAAAAGCUGCUCCUUGUCCAUGGACAUUGGUGUUAUUCUCGCCUGGCAAAGAUGGUGAUUUACUUUUUCUACAAAAAUGUGAGCUACGUCAACCUGCUCUUCUGGUACCAGUUCUUCUGCGGGUUCUCAGGCAGCACCAUGAUUGAUUACUGGCAACUGAUUUUCUUCAACCUCUUCUUCACCUCAGUGCCCCCUAUUCUCUUUGGAGUCCUGGAUAAAGAUGUUUCUGCAGAAACACUUCUAGGUUUGCCCGAGUUAUACAAGAAUGGACAAAAUUCAGAGAUAUACAACCUGUCAACUUUUAUUAUCACGAUGUUGGAUGCCUUCUAUCAGAGCCUCAUUUGCUUCUUUGUCCCCUAUUCCGUGUACAAGGACUCUGACAUGGAUGUGAUUUCCUUUGGAAACCUCAUCAACACCAUCUCCCUCCUGACCAUUCUCUUGCACCAGGCUCUGGAAAUGAAAACGUGGACCCUGUCCCAGCUGGUGGCAAUGAUCUGCAGCGUGGGGUUUUACCUCGUCUUCUCCCUGAUCUACAAUGCCGUGUGCCUGCUCUGCAACCCUCCCUCCAACCCCUACUGGAUCAUGGAGAGACAGCUCACAGAGCCCACCUUCUACCUGCUGUGCCUCAUCACCCCGGUCACGGCGCUCCUGCCAAGGUUCCUUGUUUCUGCUCUACGAGGAACCUUUGGAGCAUCUCUGACUCUGAAAGCACAGCAAAUAGAUAAACUUCCUAAAGGACAACAGGAUCUCGAAGUCCAGAAACUGAGAUCAAGAGAAGGAGCUACUUCUGGUGCACCUGUGGCAUCACCUGCGUGUAAUGAUGACCUUGACCAAAGCAUCAGCCACUUGUGUGUGUCCCCAUUUCUACACCCAGCAGCAGCAGCUGUGUCUCAGGGGGACACAGAGGCUCAGGGAUUUUCCAGCUCUGCAGUGAAUCCUCUCGGGAAAGGGGCACCAGAAGAGGGCUACUAUUUCUAUAACAGGUGGGCAGAGGAAGAAUGUGCCGCCACAGACUCUUCCUCAGGACCUUUCUCUGGCCCAGGUCCCCUUGCAGCCAGCAGGGGAGCAGCUCCUGGGCAGGACAGUGGCCAGGUGAGCAAAGACAGUGCCCCCAGUUUUAGCUACGGGAGCCACCGGCGCUCGGUGAGCGCAGUGACCCUCUGAGCCAGCUGUGCCAAUGACCCACCUGGAGAGGGACCUGAGGGCAAACAGGGCCCAUCUCUGCUGAGCUCACUGCAGGUGGAGAGAGGAGCGUGGAGCAGCAGCAGCAUUGCUGUGCAGCCUCUCCCAGGUGCAAAUCUUGUCUGGCUUUGCCAUGACGUGACUUCUUGACCUUGCUGGUUUUGUCAUGUUAGAGGAACGUUACUUGAGCAUCACACACUUGCUGAGAAUUGCCAAAUCUAUUUAUUUCAAUGGAUUUUUUUGUACCACAUUAAUAGGGAACAAUUGUACUAAUGAGGUUUCAAUGUUAUUAUGCUAUUGAGGUAACAGAAGGAGGAUCCAUUCCUUAUUAAAUCAAGUCUUAAAGCAACACAUCCCACUCUAGCUUUUACUAUCAAAGUCUUAAAAAGACCUCACUAGCUUAAAAAUUACAGUUCUGCUGGGAAAAAAAUGUUACCUUUGGGUACUAAAGGUACUUGAAGGAUAAAAAAAAUGGAAAGACACUAGAGAAUGUUCCAGGUUUUAAUAUAUGGACUUUAUACAUGUAACAAUAUCAGGUCCAUAGCCUGUCUUCCCUGAACAGUAAGCUCAGUACUUUUAUGCAGGUAGUGGUCUGACCUGAUAUUGUUAAGAAAAGGACAAAUGAGUUUAUAAAGAAGAAUACAAAUACUGAACUGCAAGAACUGCCAAGACAACUCUGUGAUAAGUGGAAUCUAUUUCUUCAUACCUACAAAAGCAGACAGAUAAAACAAGUCAUAUUCAUGGAUUUAUGUCGUAGAAUUCUAAAGUUGUCCCUGAUUUUUCAUCUAGAAAUUCAGUUUCUUCCUUCCAUUCUUUAUAUUCUAAUGUAGUGUUGUUGCAUUCAGUCAAGUAUAAAUCGUGCUCCUCCCCACAGCUGGUCACGUUCAGUGGUUGAUGAGAUCUCAGUAGUGGAGAUGUUGACAAGCCAUAUAUGAAGGUCACUAAUCACAUUGCAGUAAGUACAUGGUGUAGAAUGACCAAAAUAUGCAUAAUAUGUUCACCCUUUUCAGUAUCUCAGGACAACAAGAUGCAGGAAAAAAAAUCCCAUAAGAUGUCACCAUCAUCACUACUUAUUGCAAUGCAAUGAAAGGUGAUUUGGUAUUUCUUAUAGAAAUGUUGACUAGUAAGACCAUUUCCCAAGUUUUCUUCACAAUGUGGGAUGAAAUCUUAACUAGUUUUAAAGUCAAUCUAUUUGUACUUUUGUGAAUCUACCGUUGGUUCUGAUCUAAGUAGGUUUUUAUCCUUUUUUAUACAUGCUGUAUUAAUUUAGGUAUUUAAUACUAUCACAAUGUGUGAUCUAUUUAAUAACCUACUUAGCAAAUACUAAUUUAAAUUUGUGUGUUAUAAUAAUUACUGUAAGUGGACUCUUUAGGUUCUUACUUUAAAGCAACUCAGGUAAAAUUGAGCAGCGUAUCUGCCACUGCAACUUCUGGUAGCCAGAGCAUAUGUAGAACUGCCAUUGUUAAAGUAUUAAUUGUCAGCUGUAAAACAAUUCAGAAAGAGAUUUUUUGCAUGAUGUACAGAAUGAAGGGAAUUAAGCAUAGCUGAGACUACUGUUAAUGGAGUGUGAGAUUGCUCAAACGUUUGCUCACCAGCUGGGAAUGGACCUGGGGUGACAAGACUGAAGAUCAAGCCUCUACAAUUCAUAGCCAUGUUUUUAUGUUAAAUGGUCCAUUUCCUUUGAACUUAAAGAAGAUGUCAAUUUCUGACACAUUUUAUUACAAAAUGUGAAGUGUUUUUGUAGUAAUAAAUGUA